GCCAUGUUGUAAUGAGUGGUCAAGGGACUACUUUCAGGUACAGUAUGUGGUAUCCUGGCAUGGAAUGUAUAUAUAAGAAGGACCUCCCUCUUCACUCACACAGUUGGUAGACUAAGUCAAUAUAUAACUAUAUCUUAUACAUUGUGUCUGUUAGCAUAGCAUAACAUUAUAAUAAUUCUUUAAGAGAAGAAUAAAAUAACACUUAACUUUUCGACAUCAUGUCUCCUUUUGGAUUCUCCACGACCAGCGAAGAGAUUGUCAAGGCCUUCGCCGACAAGAUCAAGGGACGCACAUUCCUCAUCACCGGAACUACUGCGAAAGGUCUUGGCGCCCAAUGCGCCAUCGCCUUAGCCCGCGAGUCGCCAGCACACCUCAUCCUCGUGAGCCGGAACAAGGCCAAGGUCGACCCCGUGUUGGAGGAGAUCGCGAGGAUCAACCCCAACGUCAAGACCACCUUUGUCACCUGCGAGCUGACCGACUUCGACUCCGUCCGAGCAGCUGCGGAGAAAAUCAACAACGACCCUUCGAUCCCUAAGAUCGAUGUCGUCAUCAACAAUGCCGGCAUUAUGAACGUUAAGACUUACACGCUGGAUAAGCAAGGAAUUGAGUUGACUUUCUCAGCGGACCACGUCGGGCACUUUCUCCUGACGAAUCUAAUCAUGAAUAAGAUCAUCGCCGCAGGUCCGGGCGCCCGCAUCGUCAACGUGACGAGCCGGGGCUACGGUAUUAGUCCCUUCCGUGGCGAUGACUACAACUUCUCCGACGGCAAGGCAUACGACGGCUGGAGCGCGUACGGCCAAGCCAAGACCGCCAACAUCCUAUACUCGCUCGAGCUAUCGCGGCGUUUAGCUAACAAGGGCGUUAAGUCCUACGCGCCACACCCCGGUUCCAUCUACACCACCAACUUAGCCAACCACCUGGAUCAGGAUGACUUCGCCGAGAUCGCCGAGAUAGCCAAACGGAACACCGGGAAGCAUUGGGACGGUGAGGCCACAUUAAAGAGAAAGGACGUGUCCCAGGGAGCCGCACCGUUACUCGCCGCAGCGCUAGACCCAGACUUCGAAGACAGACCUGGGUCGUACAUCGAAGACUGCCAGAUUGUCACUCCAUACGAGUAUGCCAGAGACCCGGAGGCUGCUCGCAAGCUGUGGGAAAUUAGCGAGAAGCUGGUAGGCCAGAAGUUUGACUUUUAAGGAAUGUCUCGCCCUCGUUCAGUCUAGAAGGGUAUCUAUGUAACCAUUCGUUUGAAGGAAGCUUAGAAGAUUAAGGGGUUGAAUAGCUAUCGGAUUCGGAUUCGGACUUGAAUUAGAUGUAGCUAUAUAGGCCAAAUGCGAUCUCUAC